AAGAGCACCAAAGGCCCCCUGAGCCUCUGUCCUCCUGCUUUCCCUAGUCCUUGAGUUCUGUUCGGCAGACCUGUUCCAUUUAGGUUACGACAUUCAGUCAAAGGGCUGCUCUGUGGAAAUUCCUGUGACCCACAGAGGAGGUAGUGCACUGGAGAUACGAUUGUUGGAAACUACUUUGGGUAGCACAGAUGCUGAAAACCCACACUGCUGGCUUUUUAUUUUUACAGAGGGAGGAGGCUCUGCUUAAAGUAGUUAGGAUUGAUGGAACACAAAAUAGAGCCUGAACCUCAUAACCUGUGGUUGAACUCUUAUAGAAGAACAUUCAAAGCAAUUAUUGUCUUACUUAUUGAUAAGCCCACUUGAAAUAAUCAGGUUAGUACAUCUGCCCUCACUGUUGACAGCUUAGUCUUUGCAGAAUGAUAUUAUGUUACAUGCCAGGCCUGAAUUUCUCAAUGCUUUGUAUAUAUAAUUGUUAGAGCUACACAAAGUCCCUUCAUAAUUUCAUGAAGGGCUGUUGCUAGGAGGGGCUUAGAGCAAAACAGAGUAGUACAGGUAAAAUUUAAGCAGAAAGCCUGAAAACCCUAGAGGAGGAAAAAGGGAAAGAGCAAGAAUUAUGUAAAUAUCAUAUUGCACCUUAAGUUUAAAAAAAAUAGUUGAUCAAAAAUAAAUUCUGAGAGUUAUGUUUCAUAUGUGCUAAAGUAGAAUGUCCAUGUAGUUUGUUGUCUACAGCCGAAAGGGGCUGUAUUAGUAAUUACACUUGGACAGCAGGUGUGAAUGGGAUCUGGGGUCUGCCCUAGGCUCCUUCCUAAGGAUGAAAUUGCAAGGUAAUAUACAAAGGCACCUGGCCUGGGGCUGGGGCAAGAACUGAAUGGAGGAAAGGAAGGAGGCCAAAGAAGGGAACUAGGAUUGUCAUAUUAAAACCAAAAGCAUACAGCUGUGCACCUGAAAUGAUGGACUUGCUGGUGGCCACACAGCUGCUGGAUGUGGGCAGUGACACUCAUUCCCAUAGGACUUGUGCCCACCCUUCCUCAAGUGUGUACAAAAUAUGGCCACGCUUGCCCUCCAGAAGUCAAAGAGACUCUCAGCCCCCAAGGUGUUCUUGCACAAAGAGGAACAUGGGCCAAUGGUUCAUUUGUCAGAGGACAGUCUCUGCAAGGUGAACACAGAGGUGCAGCAGAAGUUGAAGGGUUCCUCUCAACCAUCAGGAAGAAGAUACUACUCUAAAAAGCACUAGGCAGUUAAUCAUUUACAUCUUUGCGUUUAUAGGAUGCCUAGGUGGCUCAGUUGGUUAAGCAUCUGUCUUUGGCUCAGGUCAUUGAGCCCUGAUGGAGCCUCGUGUGGGAGUCUGCUUUUCCUUCUUCCUGCUUGUGCUCUCUCUCUCUCAUAAACAAACAAACAAACUCUUAAAAAAAAAUCUUUGGGCACACCUGGGUUGCUGAGUGGGGCGUGUCUGCCUUUGGUUCAGGUUGUGAUCCCAGGGUCUUGGGAUCGAGUUCCACAUCUGGCUCCCGUGCAUCAGAGAGCCUGCUUCUCCCUCUGCCUAUGCCUCUGCCUUUCUCCGUGUGUUUCUCAUGAAUAAAUAAAAUCUUAAAAACAUCUUUGGACUCACAGAGGCAUAAUUAAGACAAGAAUUAAUAUAGUUCUGAAUUUUCAAGACAUUUCCCUUCCCUUUAUGCUAUAGAUCAAAGUACAAAGAACCUAGAUGAACCAAAAGCCUGAUGCUGAGUCUUUAGUAGGUAGAAUCAAACAUGCUGCUCCUGAGGAAAUAAUUCACUUAACAAAUUCUUACUCUGACAACCGUUCAAAACCAUGGUAGGUCCUAGAACAGAGCAACAUGUUAAGGAUGGAGUUCACAACUUUUGAUGUCACAAGUAGCCCAGCAUCUCAAAACCCUGUUGCUUUGACUUUUAUUCUCAGUCAACUCAUGUCGAAAUUUCUGUAGGAAAUAAAAUCAGUGAAAUUUAUAUUUAGAAUCAUUUGUCUUUGCUAAGGACUUUCACAUGAUCAGUCUCCUGGUAUAUCUGCCCUGCCUUCACAAGUCAUCGUCUAUGUAUAAGUAAAUGAUGACAUACCAUGUUUGUCAAGUUGUACUGGAUUUAUCAUGAUCUAUCUGUAAGUGAAUAAUAGCCAGUCAUAUUUGUUAACUUGUGUUGGAGAUAAUGGAACAUUUCAUUAUAGUGACUUUAGCAAUAAAAAUCCAUUAUUUAUUUACUUUCCAAAAGGGUUUGAAAUAAAGGAAGUAAGAGUAGUUUUUAUAAGCCACACAGGAAAAUAUAUUUUAUUUUCAGAUAUUUUUAACCUGAAUGACUUAGUAGUAAACCAUCAUGUUUCAAAUCCACAUUGAAGUUUUAGAGAAAGUAUUAAUUAUCCAAAGGUCAGUCAUACUAAAUUCAUGAUUAAUACUACUACCAAAGAAUAAUUCACUAGAUUUCUUUUUUUGUUACCCAAUACUAUUUAGUAAAUCAUUGACAAAAUGAUUUGUUUUGAAUAUUCUUAGUGUAUUUAAUUUUCAUACUUUUUGUACAAAAAUGCAGUGAACAUAAAAGAUCACGCUUUUCUUUACUGGCCAUAAAAAGAUAACUGACUAUUCCAAAGAUAAUAACAAAGAAUACAUGGUAAAUUAGGAUGAAAUAUCAGGAAAUAACCUAAUCCCAAAGUUAUAGGUUGUCAAGAUUUCUAAAUUGAAUGUUUAGGGAAAAUAUAGUUUGUCCAUUUUGAAGUUUGAUAUCUAGAUCCUGUGUAAUUUUUGGAGAGGGACAAGACUGGGGAGGAACCAUCUAGACACCAGCCCCAUGCUACGAAUGGGACUUGUAUGUUACCCUAGAGGUACCCUGCAGUGAAGUGGAAUGAAUGGGGUUUGAGAACCAGUCAGAGCAGCACUUGAACCCUGGCUGUAGACACCUCCAUGAGCUGCUUAACCACUUUCGUUUUCUCCUUUGCAAAAUGGAGUCUACUUCACAGAGUUGUGUAGGCAGAAAAUUAGGGUGAGGUAUUUCCUGAAGUAACCUAAUCCUAAAGUCUUAAGAUUUCUAAACUGAACAUUUAGAGCAAAUACAGUGUGUGUCUGUGUGUGUAAAUAAUGCUUUCUCUCAACACCUGUAUAUCACCACAAUUAUUGAAAACCUUGAUAGGAAAUAAAGAAAUAAAGUAGGAAACAAAGCAGGUUAGCUAUAUAAGACAUGGUUAGAAAAAUCACUUCAACUUUUAUGAGUUUAUAUUUGUUCUUUAUGAAAUAAAGCUAGACACCCAAACACUUCUUACUAUGCUUUGCAAGUGAAUUAUUUUUCAGGGAUUCCUUUCUCCCAUGAGAUAUAGGGAACAGAUGGCUGAGUCCUAAAAAGUAUUUCCUAUGGCUCUUUAUGCUAAUGCCUGAGAAGCACAGCCUACUUUAAUGUUGUGAAUGUCACUUUCUCACUAAGAGGAAAAAAAAAUGCAAAUUGAAGAGAAAAACUGUGGCCAACUCAGUAUAUACUAUAAUGACUAACAAAAGAAAUGGGAAUGCAGAAAUUGUCUUUUAUUUCCUCCCUAGUAAAUGAGGAACUUUAAUUCUCAGGUGUUCUAUCAGGAAUAAUGAUUUGAAAUCCUAGACUAGAUUUUGGAAAAGAGGCCAUGUCUGCUCAAGUCUAGUAAAAACAAAGCCAAAUGUAUUGUUUGGAGGAAUCAAAAACAACUUCUGACUCUUGCCAUUCAACAAAAGAAAAGCUAUUAACCACCUUUGGGCAGCAUAAAUGUCACAGCAACUGUCACCAUAGCAACCAAAAGAUCAAAUACCCACUGGUGACUAAGGAAGUUGCAAGAAAAGAUUUGCAUUAGCAACUAUAAUCUCUGUAUUGUUACAGGUAGAGAAAAAAACACAUGAAACCUAUACUAGGAAGAUAUCUGGCCUAAAGUGCCAUUGUCACCUGUGAAAUAACUGCCUGGGAAAGGCAUCAGAGGCCUUAGUGGCUGAGUUCUGAAGAUAAAUCAGAUCAUCAGUAUCCUAGCAUCUGGUGUCUAAAUAAUUCCAUGAGGGAUCUUUCUAGAUAAUAGUGGUUCAUUGGCUCUUUAAUGGUUUCCUCACUAUCUCCAUUCGCAAAUGAUAGAAAACAAUAAAUGGGAAAACAAAGAAAAUAAUAAUUGAAUAUUCUAAUAUGUCUCUGAAUGUUUGUUUAAUGUCUAUCUUCCUAACUAGAAUAUAAGGCCAUAUGGGCAGGAACUGUUGGUGCUUCACUCACUAUGUUCCCUCCUGUGCUACCCCAGUUUAAUUAAUGUGUGUUGAGUAAUCGUCUGCAUGCAGGCAGGUGAGAAUAGGUAUGAUGAAUCUUGGAAUUACCUCACAUGUGCUUUCCCAGGGGUAUACUAUGCUCGUGUCAUCUUGAACAUAGAAAGAACCACUUGCUUUUACCACUGACUAUAUGAGUGACCAAAUGAAGGAAUGAAUGCUGUCAUUAAGUUUCACACUUAGCUAUGGCCCAGAGCCAGUGCUUUUUUCCAUGCUUCUGGUGUGUAUGAAAAAAGAAAGAAAAGGCAGGGGAGGGAGAGGAGGAAGUUUAGGAGAAUAAUAUUAUUGAUCAAUAAUAUUAUUUUAGAGGCUUUCAGAAUAUUUAUUGUAUGAGUUGAGGCAAACAAUAACCCCCAUAAGUAGAAAAUUUUAUAUUUUCUCAGUCAGUCAACAAAUAUUUAUUGACUGUGUCCACGCAUAGUGUUAUGUACUUGGGACACUACCUGAGUAACGUAACAUGUUGUCCCCACUUAUGUGGAAUCAAGACUUCAGGGGGUGAUAUACGUUUGGAUACAUAAUAUCCAAAAUUAGUAAAAAUUGCCCUUGUGAUAACUAUUAAAUGAUAUUAUACUAGACAAGGUUAAGAAAGAUGAUUGAGUUGAAAUCUAAAGGAUGUCAGCCCAAGGGUAGGAAAGUGUGAUUGAGCUGAGGUUAAGGAUUAACUACAUGGGUGUGGCUAGACAUUCUAGGAAAGGAGAAGAGCAUGUACAAAGACUGGAAGAAGCAAGUUGGAAAUUAGUACUUUUUUUUCUAUUCUCUGAAAGAUUUUGUGCAAGACGAGUGUUAUUUUUUUCUGUAAGUAUUUAUCAGAAUUCAGUGGUGAGGCUUAUGGGCCGGGAAUAUCUUUGUGAGAGAAAUUUUAAGUAUAGAUUCAAUAAUAAUGGAUUUGGGAAUACUCACAUUUUUACUUCGUCUUAUAUUAUUUUUGGUAAAUUGUGUUUUCUUUAAAUUUAAAAUUGUUUUUAAAUCUUAAAAUGUAUCAGCAUGAAGUAGCGCAUAUUAUUUUUUUACGAUGUUUUACAAUUUUUAGUGACUGUAGGAUAUACUGAUAUAUCUUGUUUUAUUCCUGUGAUCAGUAACUUUUGCCUUCUUCUUUUAAAGUCCCUCUUGCUAAAAGUUUGCCAAUUUUAUCAGCCUCUUUUAAAAAAAUGUAUUUAUUUAUUUAUUGAGAGAUGGGGAGACAGAGCAUGUGCGAGUGUGCAAGGUCGGGGGAAGGGCAGAGGGAGAGAGAGCAUCCCAAGCAGACUCACCACCUGAUGUGGAAUUCGAUUUCAAGACCCUGAGAUCUUGAUCUGAGCUGAAACCAAGAGUCUCCCGCUUAACAGACUGAGUCACCCAGAUGCCUCUCAAUUUUAUUGGUCUUCAAAAUAUCUGUUGGUUUUGAUGAUAUUUUCUAUAAUGUGCUUGUUUUUAUUUUACUAAUAUCUGCUCUGUUAAUCAUCUAUUUCUGUGGACUCCUGUUUCCUUUGCUUUUUGAGCAUAUUUUCCUGUCUCUAUGCUCUAUUUAUUUAUUUAUUUGAGAGCGAGCAAGUGAGCAAGCACACACAUGUGAGCAGGGGUAGGAGCAGAGGGAGAAAGAGAGGGAGAGGGAAAUAAUCUCCAGCACGCUCGGGGCUGAGCGCAGAGCCUCUGUGGGGCUCAAUCCCUGGACCCUGAGAUCACGACUGGGGCCAAAAACAAGAGUCUCAUGCUUACCCGACUGAGCCAUUCGGAUGCCCCUCUAUUUUUUUGUCUUUAUUAACAGUGUACAUGAAAGAUUAUAGAAUAAUUUAGACUUUUGGUGACAUCUUCUUUUGGAGAGUGUUUAUUUGUUUCUGACUGGUAGCUAGGUUGGCUGGCUAUUCAGACCACACUAAUUUUAAGAAUUGAAUUGAUAUUAGCACAGACCUAUUUAAUUCACUUUCCCCCCCAUGCUGCAACCUUUCAAAGUCCCAAACCAAAGCACGAUGAGUGACUAGGACUUUCCCUCAUUGUUCCCCUAACCCUUGUAACCCCUAGUCAUAAAUGUUCCUCAGGCUUUUGCCUCUCAUUUGCCUUUGGCAGAAUUCAUAACUCCCUAGGGGGGAAUAGCCCCAAAUAUUGGGACUGUUUCUCUGGCCUCUCCUUUUUCACCCAAAUCCUAGACCCUUAGUUUUUCUCUUUUAAUCUCUCUGAUGCCUUGAAAAAUUUUAAAAAAUCAUCCAUUUUUUCUAAGGUGUCAUAGUUGGAAAGUUAGCUUAAUUUCCUCAUCUAUCAUAAGGAAGUGAAAAUUUUAUUAUAUUUUUAUUAAAGAUUUUAUUUAUUUAUUCAUGAGAGACAGAGAGAGAGAGAGAGGCAGAGACCUAGACAGAGGGAGAAGCAGACUUCUUGAGGGGAGCCUAAUGUGGGAUUCAAUCCCAGGACUGCAGGACCAUGCCCUGAGCCAAAGGCAGUCACUCAACUGCUGAGCCACCCCCAAAGUGAAAAUUGUAAAGUCUUUAUUUGUUUAUUCAAUUAUUUUUAAAAAUGACUGUUUUAUUUAUAGUGACAUAUUAUUUGGUGUGCUUUUCAUUCUACUAAUUAUGAUCACAGUAUUUCUAUUUUACAAACAAUUUCACACUAUGUAAUAAUUUUAAUAUAGAAAGUAAGUUCCAAAAGGGCAUGGAAUUUUGUUCAAUGAUGUUUAACCUUGAACUUAGUAGCACUUAGCUGGCUCUCAAUACUUUUGCAGUUAAAUGAUUGAAAGGAAUGGAGUCAGAUCUUUGGCACUCAAGCGGAUGAUCAUGAAUUCUUUGGACAGUUGGUUACCACUUUUUCAAAUAUAUAAUUGGAUGUAGCUUGAAGACAAUAUGUGAGGAAUAUUUACAUGACAUAUAUAUAGAGGAAGUUUUCUUUAUUUUGUUUGGACCUCUGGAUGUUCUUUUCAGUGUAUGAAUCAAGUAGCUCCCCUUAUCAGGAGAAUUUACGUAGGCAAUAAAUCUGUGAAAGGUGAAUCCAUACUGUAAACAGACUACUGUAGAUCCAUUUCACAAAUAUUUCAUUCAAGUCUAAAUAUAUAUAUAUCUAGUUAUAAUAUGGUUCUGGUGUUUAUUAUCUAUUCUUUUUCGCUAGGACACUGAUGUCUUUCUUAGCUAGGAGUGAUUUAAUGUCUCAAGCCUGGUUCAGUCUGGAUCUUUGCUCAUUGCUUUGAUCUGCACCUUUGACUCACAUAUGAGCCCCAGAAUUUUAUCUCUGUCUGAAUAAAUCUAGUUCUUUCCGGCAGUCAGGUACAUUGAUGAUAAGCUAAAAUAGAAAAUUCUUUUCUUUGUUUAAAACUGCUUCAAAGUUAUAAGCAUUGCCAAUAUCAAGCUCAAUGUUUGUAUUUUAAUUCCACGGCUAUUUCUGUGUGCAAUACCAGAACUGCUGAAAAUUCAUACAGCUCUCCCAUAUCAAUCCCUCUGAAUACAAGGGCUCAUCUCAAGUAGGGUGGUCUGAGAGUUCUUCACAGAUUUAGGUAGAACACCUAAAUGUUGAAUGCUAUACUUCUCGAUAAAGUAGGAUCACAAAAAAAAUUUUUUUUGAGGACACAAGUGAUACCAUCACUCAUUUUUAUUAAGUGGGUUGGAUAAGAAAAUAAAAUAUUCUUGGGGCACCUGAGUGGCUCAGUCAGUUAAGUGACUGACUCAGUUUUAGUUCAGGUCAUGAUCUCACAGUUGUGGGAUCAAGUCGUACAUUGCGCUCUGCGCUCAGCAUGGAGUCUGCUUCAGAGUCUCUCUACAGAUUCUCCCACUCAGUCACUCUCUCUCUCUCUCAAAUAAAUAAAAUCUCAAAAAACAGAGAGAGAGAGAGAGAGAAAAUAACACAUUCUCUAAUUAAAAGCCCCUUUUUUCAUAGCUGUUUUUUCUUUCCCAGUACAAUGUCCUUUCUCCAGUUAUAUUCUCUUAGGUCUAGCACUGGGUUAGCUGGUUAGCUGAGGAAUUUUUCGUCACUAUUUCAUUCCCACUUUGAGUUAUCCAUGCACGAGUAAUGUAAAACGAGACUCAGACUCACAGUAUAAGAUUCCAUAUUUUGACCCAACUUGAACCCUAAUGACACAAGUGCGUUGGUUAUAGAACAGCUAUGACAUUGGUAACGUGAGCCCAGGAGGCCAGCAAUCCUGCCUAUUAUGAGCAAACUGAUGAUGGGAUAUUUUUCCAUUGUUGUGAAGAGUGCCAACCUGUGUACAAAUAUUUACAAUCUAGUAAUAUCAGUAUCUCACAGUCAGGAUUGAUGCCAGUGUAGGAAACCACUAGGAAAAAGUAUGGCAGCAAGAAGGUAUUCCCAAGAGGGACACUUAAUUGGAAGUGGUUUUAUAUCUGCUCCUCCUGGUCAAACACGAGGGCUCUGAUGUACCAUAGUAGCCUUGUGCCUCAUCUCUUGAUUUUCACCUUUCUUGAUUUGGGGGCAGAGAAUGAAAGUCUCUAUCCAGUUAUGGUGAUGUCAGUAUCAUCUGACCUUUGGCCAACACCUUUCUGCAUAUGUGGUAUAAAGAGAACAGUGUAAGAUAAUGGUCCAGGGUCCAGGCUGGAGAACAAUGUCAUGUUCAAACCUUGCUUUUUGCUCAUUCGAGAGAAUGAGAAGUUUGGGAGCAAGUUACCUAGCCUCCCCAAGCUUCAGUUUUCUCAUCAGCAAAAUGGAUAUAAUAAUAGUACCUAACUCUUGGAUAUGUUGAGAUAAUUAAAUGAAAUAAUUGGUAAUAAGCACUUAGCAUAGCGACUGGCCCAUAAGAAGCUCUUAGUAUACACCAGUAUUAUUUGUAUAGAAAAUCCUUCUCUUUAUAAAACUCUUAUAAAAUCUUUAUUUUAAGGGCUUAAACUCAAAGUAGUUGUAUUAACUAAGGGCCUGCUUAAUUUGGACUUAAGGGUUUUUUUUAGAUGGAAAUCUUUGCUGUGGUCAAAGAUCACGCUCUAGUGCUACUUCUUAUCCAUCCUAUGAAUACAAUUUCUGUGCUCUGCUGUAAUAGACUGACCGUAUUGUCGCCUACUCUGCCUGCCUGGGAUAUGUGAACUAUGCCAAGCCUCCCUUACCUAUGAAUACUUCCUCACACUGCUUCCCUGCAUUUCUCUCCCACAACAUAUUUGAGGCGGUUAUCACAAUACUCAUGGACAUUUUCCUCUCUUUCUUCUCUUUCAAUAAGAAUUCUUAAUUGUGCAGACUCAGGAUUGGGAGUGACCAAGAUGCCUAAACACACACACACACACACACACACACACACACACACACACACAGUCUCAGUCUUUCUCUCUCUCAUUCAUGCUCAUAUAAUUUAGUUUGGUAUAUAGGACUCAAUUCAUGGGGUCUUUUCCAAAGCAUUAAAGACUAAGCACUUCUUAAAAAUGUAAGAUUGACCAAAAAUUUUUUUGAAUGUCCAAAGAGUACUCUCAUUGAUCUUUAUAAAAAUUUUUGGAGACUAAAGGAAACAUUAUGUAGGGAUUUCUUUUGUCCUACUGGAUAAUUCAUUGCCCAGUCCUGACACUGCUUUUCCCCAUUGGGUCUUUGUGAGAGUCACAUGCUUUGGACAUCUUUGAAAAGAAUCUUCUGAGGCUUCAGCAUUUCAUUUGAGUUUCCUAAGUCUCAUCUAGAAGUGUGUUGAAUUGUCAUCCGUCACCAUGAGCAACAGAUUCCUGGGCACCUGGAAACUUGUCUCCAGUGAGCACUUUGAUGAUUACAUGAAAGCUCUGGGUGUGGGGUUAGCCACCAGAAAACUGGGAAAUUUAGCCAAACCCCGUGUGAUCAUCAGCAAGAAAGGGGAUAUUAUAACUAUAAGAACUGAGAGUACAUUCAAAAAUACAGAGAUCUCCUUCAAGUUAGGUCAGGAAUUUGAAGAAACCACAGCUGACAACAGGAAAGCAAAGAGCAUUGUAACCUUGUCAAGAGGCUCAUUGAAUCAAGUGCAGAAAUGGGAUGGCAAAGAGACAACAAUAAAAAGAAAGUUGGUGGAUGGGAAAAUGGUAGUGGAAUGUAAAAUGAAGGGCGUGGUAUGCACCCGGAUUUAUGAGAAGGUCUGAGAAAAAUCAUUUCUUCAUUGAAGUGAUAUUUGAUCAUUUGAGGUUGGAAAUCAACAGUUUUCAUUGGCAAGACCCGACUAUACUGCAAUUUGUUUGUCUGUUUUUGCUUUUGUCUUAAUAGAUCAGAUAGUUAAAGGCCUAAACUGAGGAUUAAUCUAAAAUUAAGUGUUGUUUAAACAUUUUUAAUUUACAUGCAUUUCCUUACUAUAUUAAAGUAUGUAUAUUGGCCAGACCUAAAUAGUUGACAUUGUGAUUUAAUUAUCUGUGAAAUUCUAACUCGUGUUGUACUUUGUAUACAGAAAUGAUAGUAAAGCAAAUAAUCUGAUAGUAAAAGGAAGUAAAUGUAUUGAUUGGGGUAACAGGAGGAUGAUGGGGAGGAGGAUCAGAAGUGAAACAAACUACAAGAAGGAGCUGUUUUAAAGCAGAGUUCUAUUUCAGCUAAAAGGGCAGCCUCUACUCCAGCUGAUUUUUUAAAAUUGAGGGAUAAUUUAUGGACAGUGAAAUGCACAGAUAUUAAGGGUAGAGUUCAAUCCAUCGUGACAAAUACAUGCACCCAUAUAAUUCACAUCCUGAUCAAGAUAAUGGUACAUUUCUAAUCCCAGAAAGUUUUCUCAUGCCUCUUCCCAGUCAAUGUCCUGCCCUGUCCCACCUCCACCAAAAGCAAGUAGUGAUUUGGUUUCUGUCAUUGGGUUUUUACAUUACACAUUUCUUUAAUGUGUUGGAUUUUAUACAAAGAAUAUUAUCUUUAAUUCAAAAAAGUAUGCUUUUUUUUUAAAUAAAAAGCAACCAGGAGGUUUUUUAAAAUCUUAAAAAGAGGAAAACAAUUGCUUCCAUCCUACACGGUGUGAGCUAUCACUUUGUACAUACGAACAUAUUGUACUUACCUGCAACCACGGCCCUCAUACUUUUUUACAUUCUGCUUUUUGUAACUUUAACAAAGAGUCUCCCACAUUUCAACAGGUGCUAUACCAAUUUAUGAUGAUUUUAUAAUAUGGUUGUUCUAUUUUUAUGUUAUAUCCAGUUUGGAGUUAUUACAGAUUAUUUCGCAAAAAUUACCUUCAUGUACAUACAUGAUUGUGCUAAAUAUUUUUUCUAAGAGAAGGAUUAGUAAGUAAAUAUGGAAAACUGAUGGUUUCUUACUAUUUCUGUAUUUCUUUCCUGAAUGUUGUAGGGAUUAGGGGACAACGCAACCAGCAGUAUACAUGUAUAGGGCAAUGCAUGAACACAGAUCCUAUCCUGAAGAUAACAGCUACUAAGUGGUAUACGUGUGUUGUGUGCCAAGCUCAUUUACUCUCUCCCAGAUGAUUUAGAUGCUGUGUUGCCAUAUUUAGCACAAUCUCACACAACAACCCUAUCAGGUAGAUACUAUUAUUGUCCCCAUUUUAUAAAAGAGGAACCAGUGUAGAGUAACUUGUGCUAAGUCCCAAAGUGCUAGAGAAUGAAGAGGGGUCAUUUGUUGAACCUUCACUUUAUUUUGUCUCCUUGGACACACCUCUUAGAAACUUGUCUGUUUUUUGUAAUAUCUCUAAAAGUGUGCCAUUAGAUUAUUUUUGCCUGUUCUUGAAUUUCAUAUAAAUGGAAUCAUACAUUAUGUGUUCUUUCUGUCUGCCUUUUUAAACUCAGCAUUAUGUUUUUGAAGUUCAUCCAUAUUGUUGCAUGUAGCAGUAGUUUGCUCUUUUAUUGCUAAGUAGUAUUCUAUUGCAUAAGUAUAUCACAGUUCGUGUAUCUACCCUUCUCUUAAGACAGUUGGGCUGUUUCCAGAUUUUGGCCAUGAUGCAUAAAGCUGCUAUAAACAUUCUUGUAUAAGGCUUUUGAUGGACAUAUGAGUUCCUUCCUUCUGGAUAAAUAACUAGGCAUUGAAUUACUGGGUCUAGUUGAUUUUUGACACGCAGGAUAGGGACUACUGUGCCCAAGUAAUAACGAAACUCUUUCAGAUGUAUUGUAUGAUUGAGCAAAUGACAAAUGUGUUGAUGUUGUUAGGGGCCAGGAUUUUCACUAUGGAAGACGAAUAUAUGAAUAUGGAAUGAAGGAGGCAGGAAAGAAUCACGUGAGAAUGGACUGGAAUAGAUGUAAAUUUGUGGUUUCUAAGGCAUGCAUAUAUAUGUGCAUAUGUGUUUGUAAUUGAACAUGAAUAUCUGCAUGCAUUUAUGUGUGUAUAUAUACAUGUAUUUAUGUGUAUGUGUAUAUACACCCAUAUAUUUCCUAGCUCUAUCUGCCCAGAGGGCUUAGAAGCAAUUGCACCUCAGUAGGAAUGAGUCCACCUACUGCCCAGAUCUUAGUGUCCAAUGUCAUUCCCCACUGAAAGAAAUGAGGGCUCCUUGGAGAAACAACUGAUUCCAAUGUGAGGUCAGGGAAGGUAUAAGAUGAGCCUAAAAUAUCUUAUUAUACCAGAAAGUAAGGAAGUGUUUAAAAAAACAAUAGAGGCAUGCAUCAAAAUAUGGGAGACAGCUUGGAGGUGUUCCCCUUGGUUAAAGCUGGGGCAAUUUGAAAAAUAAAAUCGUUGUGAAAAAAUCGUAGCUUAUAAACCACUGAAGGAAAAAUAAGGAUCCAAGAAUCCAUAAUGAUAAUAGGGAGAAAGAGAAGAGUUUUCCUUAGAGCAGAAUGCUGUGGGCUGACCGGUAAAUGUGGAAGGAGCACUAGAAAUGGAAAGUCAUCAUUUUUUAAUCCCCACAGUAAAUAUUGGCUCAAACAAAAAUUGCCAAUGGGUGCUAAAUCUAGAGGGAAAUUUUGAUUAGGAGAAGGAUAUUAGUUUGGUCUUAAAGUAUCUCUUCACAGACUGCUCAUUGUUAUGAGAGGAAAAAAUAGUUUAACUAUGCAGUGAAAAAAUUGGACAACUCCUUGACUGGGUAAUCACCCCUAACAUCACCAGUGAGGGGCAGGGACCUAGGCUCUCAGAUAUGAUACCCUAAGAAGGAACAUCACUUAUGUAGUAUUUCAGUCCAGAAUCCCUAUCUGGAUCCAAUCAUGGAGAAAUAUCAGACAAAUUCCAAAGAAGGAAUGUUUUUUUUUUUUUUUUUAAGAUUUUGCUUAUUUAUUCAUGAGAGACACAGAGAGGCAGAGACACAGGCAGAGGGAGAAGCAGGCUCCCUAUGGGGAGCCUGAUGUGGUAUUCGAUCCAGGACCCGGGAUCAAAACCUGAGCCAAAGGUUCACCGCUCAUCCACUGAGCCACCCAGAUGUCCCAAAUGAGGAAUGUUCUAUUAAAAAAAAGGAGGGUGGUAUUGAUCGAAUUUUUCAAAACUGGCAUUGUCAUAGGAGACAAAUAAAGGCUCUAUGGAAAUGUUCUAGAUUAAAUUACUUUCAAAAUAUAUGAUGAUUAAAUCCAGUAAGGGAUCCUAGGCUAGAUCCUGGACAAGAGGUAAAAGACAUACUCCAAAGGACAAUAUUAGGUUAAUUGGUAAAUUGAAAUAAAUUGGAAUAUAGAUGGUAAACAGAGUUAGAAGCAUAUUGUGAAUAUGCCAGAGAAUAUCCUUAUUCUUGGGAAAUACACACUGUGAAGUAUUUGGGGGUAAUAGGCUGUAAUAUAUGCAAUUUACUUUUUAAAAACUUUUUUACUUUAAAAAAUAUAUCCAUAUUCAUGUGUAUGCAUAUACAUUAGUGAGAGCAAUUAAUAAAGCAAAUGGGGCAAAACCUAACAAUAGGCAAAUCUGACUAGAAGCUAUAUAUAUUUUCUUUGUAGCAGUUCAGUUCUUGCAACUUUUUUGCAAGUUUAAAGUUAUUUCCAAAAAAACAUUUUUUUAAAGCCCUAUUUGGCAAGUCCUUCUCUGUCCCUGGGCAUUUGGUCAACACGUGUCUGUGAGCAUCAUAACUGAGGUAUGGCAAGUCCUUCUCUGUCCCUGGGCAUUUGGUCAACAUGUGUCUGUGAGCAUCAUAACCGAGGUGUGGUUUUUUAUUUAUUGUUUUUGGCUCCAGCUCGAUAAACCCAUAAAAAGGAGAGUCUUAAAACCAUGGUGCUAUUUUUAGAGGUUGUAGUAAUACGACUUGCAAUAAAAUGUAUUCCCCAAUAAACAUAAUUGCUCUAUUAUACAAAAGUCAUGAGCAGUUUCUGUUUUUGUAACAGGAAAAGUGGAACUACACUGAUAAUGAGGAAGAUAAAAUGAUCAUUUCAGCAGGUGCUAUACUUUGCUAGAUUUGAAACAGAUUUUCAAACAACCGGCAGCGGGAGAGGGAGCUAAAGUUCUGCAGUAUUCAAAGAUAGUCUCAGAAUAUAAUACCAAUUCACAAUUAUUUUUUAUAGAACAAGAUUUCUUUUUGGUAUAACAUGGUAGCUAAGAGCAAUCAGACUGCUGAGUCAAAUUCCAGUUUGCUGCUUACUAGCUAUGUAUCAGUGGUUCCUUAAUUUCUUUCUCUGUCCCUUGGUUCCUUCAUUGUAAAAAUGGGGAUAAUAAUACAGCAUUCUUCAAAGAGUUGUGGGAGAUUUAAAAAAAAGUAAUAUAUAUAUAAUGUGCCUGGCAUAGGAAAAGCAUUAGAGAGAUGUCUUUUGUCAUUAUUAUUUACCUAGUAAAUUUGAACAUGAUGUUCAAAUAGGUCAUUUUAUUACACCUCAAAAUGAAGAGAAUUCACAAGAUCUCAGAGCUGUUGAGAUCCACACCAAGUGGCUAAAUUUAUUAAGAGUAUUAUUUGUACAGGUAUAAAAAACAAUCAAGAAACCUACUUACUAUCACACUACUGCUUAGAAGGUAGCACAGUAGUUAGAUUUUAUCAAUGACCAUUUCAGUUUCAUGUUGACUGUGAUUAUUUCUAAUUUUUGAAUAAGUCACUCCAGCCAAGCUUUCAGGAAUAUUUCUUCUAAACUAAGUGGUAUCUCUUUAAAUAUGGCUGCACCUUAGAAUCAUCUGGAAGUUUUUAAAUAUCCCAAUACCAAGAUUGUAUCACAGACCCACUACAUCAUAAUCUGUGGGUGAUGGGUAAGAGCGAGGCACCAGUAUUUUUCUAGGUGAUUCCAAUAUGUGGCUAGUUUGAAAACCACUGUGCCAAGGUCUUCCAAAGUUAGAAAUUUAAUGUUGGCUAUUAUUAUGUUGCUAUCGGUCAAAAUGGAGUGAAAGGUCAUCAAAAUCAGGAGUACCAAAUGUCCCCAACAUGACACUAGGUAACAGUAGGGAGUGAAAAUACUAUGGUAAAAUCAACUCAGAUAUAAUCAAGUCUUUUGUUAGGGAAGCAACUGUUUACUUCUUAUCUUUGUUAUUUCCACAGAAUGCAUCACAAUUGGCCAUUAUCCAUGACAUAUGGGAAAGUGAAGGUUUCAAAAUAGCAAAAUGUGGAGCAACAGGGAAAACAAAGCUAUAAAGUAACGCUAAACUUCUGUAAAAUAUAAACUUUUUUUCAGCAGAAUUUAGAAAACAAGUUCAAAUUACUCAAAAUAUGUAGUAUGGAACUAAUUUUUGAAAAAGCACCUUGCACAUUUUGCUAUUAAAAAAAUCAGUGAUGACAUGCAAAGUGUUCAGAUCUCAGUUACCUGGACUGGGAUCUGGGCAUUAUCUAAAAUCCUCCCCUUAGUAACCAACUGCAAUGCAACUGUUUUUUUUC